AUGCGGCUAAGUUUUGUGCUUACUCUUAUCCUCACAGGCUCCCGACGGUCCAGCGCCUUCUGGUGGCCAAAGGCAACAACGGAAACCAGGGAGCCGGGUGGCGGUCAGAUGCUCCAGCAAAUCCCGCUCACCUACUUCCGCACGUACACCUACCAGCCAUUGGCUCCUGGCUUCUUCGGAUUCGGAGCUGCUCAGACACCCCUGCUGCCUGGUGCCCAGUACGAUCCGUACGGGAUGACCAGCUAUGCCGCUGCCCGGAGACACGACUCCGCUUCCAGGCAGGAAGUGACUGCUCCGGCGGAACUGACCAACGCGCCCAGCAGCGCUCGCACCACCAGCACCACUGCCGCUCCAACGACCACAACCACCACCACCACCACCACCACCCCGGCACCAACCACCAGGACUAGCACCACUACCACCAGCACCACUACCACCACCACGCCACCACCAGCACCACCGCCGCCCCAGUCCACCAGCAGCAGCUUCUCCGAGGGACCCACUUCCAGCUUGCUGCGCUUCGGCGAGUACCCCGCGUACAAUCGCCGGCAGAUGCCGCAGCAGCAGAGCAUCGCAGCAGUACCGGAGCACGGAGGGGUGUCCAGCAACAGUCGCAUCCAGUUUGUUCCCUGCAUGUGUCCUGUCAGCAUGCCCAGCUUUGUCUCAUCAGCAUCCUCGACGGCGGCCACUCUGCCUCCGCAGCCGUCCACCUCCUCCACGGCGUUCGUGUCCCAGCCGGCGGCCCCAGCGCAUCGUCGCGGAGCUGGAGGGGCUGAGGGCUGA